UCUAUCAAUAUAUUUAUUUCUCUUAAGGAAUAAAUAAUAAGUUGUACACAGAAGCCUUUGAUACAGAAACCUAUGGAAUAAAUAAAGUAUCGCCAAAGCGUGAAAAAAAAAUUGAAAUCGUAGUCGGAAUUUUUUCCAGAUCGGAUGAGUUAAUACUUGCCUAAAAUAAACUACGAGAAUAUAUAAUAUUUACGAAUACAGUCUUACACGGUCGAUUAUUGUGUGUAAGUAAUGUCCGUGUUCAGCUUGACUAUGUGAUUGUCCAGUGAUAGCCUUGAGCGAUGUAGAAUCUUGAUCUAGAACUAGUGAUAGUGAGUGCAACUGCUGUGGUUCUGAGGCUGAAGAUUUGUCAUUUGUUUUGUUAAAGUUAAAAUAGGCUAAUCAUCGCAUAGAAAGGAAAGAUGUAGUUCAAAUACUCUCAUACUCGACCUCCUGGCACAUUUCUUUCUGUGUGUAAUAAUGAUGCUUAAUUCUGCAAAGCGAGCCAUCAGUUCUUCCUCUGUCAAACACCUGCGCCGAUCAAAUUUGUUGAGACAAGAUUCACGGGAGAAUGAUCUGCCUGUGGGUCUUCAGUCAAUCCCAGGGCAUGGGAGGUGCCACUCAUUCAUGCAAUUGUUUCAUAAACUUAGACUGGCACAAGGACCCGACCCUGUGGAGUCACCACGACUGACACCACAGAUGGUCACUUCAAUUCUUCGAAUGAAUGAACAGAGUUCACAGGGAACAACUCGCGGCAUUGUGAGGGAAAUUCAGUGCAAUCAAUUGCAGGCAAACAAACCCAUUGAAGAUCGGCAUGUGGAGGCGAAGUUGGCAGGCACUGACAAGUAUUUGUUUGGUGUGUUUGAUGGACAUGCUGGCUGUGCAUGUGCCCAGGCCCUCAAGGACAGACUGUUUCAGUAUAUUGCGGUGUCAAUGUCUGACCCAUCUCGUCUAAACCAGCUGUAUCAGGAAGAGAUGGGUGCCACAGCCCAGCUGUUGGAGUACCUGCCUACAGCUAGCGUGGAUCCUGUCAGCCCAGACCUGGCCACCAUCCACUGGCAGAGUUUGCACAACUUCAUCAAUGAUUGCCUGGACAUGUACAGUCUGGAUAGCACGGUGGAAGAGAGCCUGGUAAAUGCAUUUCUUCGUCUUGACCAAGACAUUUCACUUGAGGCAAGUUUUCACCCAGGUGAUAUGGGACUGUCUGCAGAUCUGGUCAACAUUGCGUUCUCAGGAGCUGUUGGUUGUGUGGCUUACAUUGAUGGGCUUGACCUGUAUGUUGCUAAUGUGGGAGACAGCCAGGCUGUUAUUGGAAGUCAUUCAACAGAAUCAGAGACGUGGCAUGCCACCCCAGUCAGCCUCAAACAUGACGCUGAGAACACGGGCGAGGUGAAGCGACUGUUUGCAAAACAUCCAAAUGAAUCCCACAAUAUCCUCAAAGGAGGUAGACUUUUUGGCGAGCUGAUGCCGCUUAGAGCUUUUGGCGAUGUUCGCUACAAGUGGGGCAAGAAAGAUCUCAUUCAUCUGAAGAAUCUGGCGGGGCAGAGUUCUGGACCGUUCUUGCCCAGUUAUAAAAACAUUACUAUCCCUAACAACUACAGAACUCCUCCGUACCUUGAUGCAGAACCAGAGGUGAUCCACUACCGUCUGUCUCCGAAAGACCGAUUCCUCAUCUUGGCGUCGGACGGUCUGUGGGACUCUGACGGCCUGUCCGUGGAGAAAGUAGUUUCUCUUGUUGGCCACCACACAGAGGGUCAGCAGGUGCUAACACAUUUCAGGCCCGCAGAGGCUACACCACUGGGUGCCAUUAACGAAUCGCUGCGCAAACGUAAGCAGAAUCUGGCAAAGCGUGCUCUGGACGAUAAUGUAGCUACUCACUUGAUGCGACAUGCAUUGGGUCUGGAGCACGGACAGUUGUCUGCUCAGCUUACGUUGCCACAGAAACUUGUGCGCUACUAUCGUGAUGACAUUACCAUCACUGUGGUGUAUUUCGACUCUGACUACAUCAUGGACUAUACACGACAGCAUUGAGGUCUUUGUUGAUAUCUGUGAAUACCUGUUAACCUAGCAAGUUUUCUAUUUAUUUUUAUGGCUCUGGCCUUAGAGUUUUUCAGUACCAGCUGAGUGAGGAGCUGAAAUCAUCAAUGGUCACUUUCGAUCUAAAAAAAUAUAGAAUAACAAAAGUCCCGGUACAAAAACUGCAAUAUUCCUUACCAUUAUUAUCAGGAUUUAAGUUUGAUGUCAGUUGUGUUCUUACUUUUAAAAUCCAGACUUACACUGUCACCGCUCUUGGUUACUUUUGCUAGGCAAGGCAGCUGAUCUCUGGCUGUCACUUUUUGUUGGUCUUUUUUUUCUGUUUCUUUCCUCAGGCAUUAUGGUGUCAACCUCUUUCUUUGGCUUUCUUUUUAUCUAUCUGCACAUCUUCUCUGCUGUAUUGUUCCGAGUCUUCUUGUGAUAGAUUGAUUUUGUACCAAUGUGUGUAGGCCCCCUACUCAUUUCGUUGUUCCUAUGUUGGAAAAGCCUGCUGGCCUUUGGUGAAGGUUGUGAUAUCGUGAGCGAGUUAUUAUCUCAAGGAAAAACGUCUUGCACAUUGUGUGACAUGUUUCACUGUAAAUGUUGCAAAAGGCUCCUGCUGCUAAUUUUCUCCUGUUACCUUUGUUGUUUACAUUCAGUGCUUUGUAGGUAUUAAUUUUAAUUUAUCUGUGCUUUUGAUAUAUAUUUAAAAUAGUAAGAUUCUUCAAUGACAAAAGGCUCAUAUUUAUAAGCUUUUAUUCCACUUUAUAAAGUGUGAAUGUGAAACAGAAUGUUAAGUUCAUAAAGCAUCAUAUUUGAGAGAACGUUCUUCUCCAGGUGUACCUCAAAGUUGAUGAAGCUUCCCAACAGGCAACCGGUUAGAGUAAUAAUAAAGAAAA